AUGCUUCUCCUUAUUCUCAUCCUUGCAAUUAGCCAAUCUGCUUUGGCAUUUCGAAAGUCGAUGAGACAUCGAGAACCAUGCAAGCAUCUCCAGCUCUAUUACCACGACAUUCUCUUCAAUGGUACAGAUGCUGCAAACGCAACAUCGGCCAUGGUUGCAAACCAGAUAGAUCAGCUUGGCGAUUUCCACUUUGGCAUGCUGGUUGUGUUUGAUGAUCCAGUUACAGCAGACAACCAUCUUCUGUCUCCGCCAGUUGCACGAGCGCAAGGGUUCUAUUUCUACAACAAGAAGGACGGUUACAAUGCAUGGUUUGCCUUCACUUUGGUCUUCAACUCGAGCCAGCACAAGGGCACCAUAAAUAUUAUGGGUGCAGAUUUGAUGGCGGAGAAGAGUCGGGAUUUCUCAGUGGUUGGUGGGACAGGAGACUUUUUCAUGACUCGGGGGAUCGUGACGAUUCAGACUGACACUUUUGAGGGCGACUUCUAUUUUCGCCUCAAGAUGGAUAUUAAGUUAUACGAAUGUUAUUAA